CGGGGCCAGGCUGAGGGCGGGGGCGGGCAGCAGCGCCUCCCGGCGGGCGGCGCGCUCGGCCCGGCCCCUUCGCGCCCGGCCCCGGCGCUUCCGGCCGUGCGCGCGGCGGAAAGUUGACGCGGACGGACCGGCCGGCGCGGGCGCGCACUUUUCUGUUUCGAGUUGCCUGCUUACUCCUGAGUGGGAACGCCGGGCUCGCGUCAUCAUGCCAACGGUGGUGGUGAUGGACGUGUCCCUCUCCAUGACCCGGCCUGUGUCCAUCGAAGGCUCCGAGGAGUACCAGCGCAAGCACCUCGCAGCCCAUGGCUUGACCAUGCUGUUUGAGCACAUGGCCACAAACUACAAGCUCGAGUUUACAGCCCUGGUAGUUUUCUCAUCUCUCUGGGAGCUGAUGGUUCCCUUCACAAGAGAUUAUAACACUCUGCAGGAAGCACUCAGUAAUAUGGACGAUCAUGACAAGACGUGCCUGGAGUCCGCGUUGGCCGGCGUCUGCAGCGUUGUCCAGCAGGAGUGGGGCGGCGCCAUUCCCUGCCAGGUUGUCCUGGUGACCGACGGCUGCCUUGGCAUCGGGAGAGGGUCCCUGCGGCAUUCUCUCGCGACGCACAGUCAGAGAAGUGAGAAUAGCAGAUUUCCGCUUCCUUUCCCUUUUCCAUCUAAGUUAUACAUCAUGUGCAUGGCAAAUUUGGAAGAGCUCCAGAGCACCGAUUCCCUGGACUGCCUGGAGCGACUCAUAGAUUUGAACAACGGCGAAGGGCAGAUUUUCACUAUUGAUGGCCCCUUGUGCUUGAAAAAUGUUCAGUCCAUGUUUGGAAAGUUGAUCGAUCUGGCGUACACGCCUUUCCACGCCGUUCUCAAGUGCGGCCACCUCACCGCCGACGUGCAGGUCUUCCCCAGGCCCGAGCCUUUUGUUGUUGAUGAGGAGAUUGACCCUGUCCCAAAAGUCAUCAACACAGAUUUGGAAAUAGUGGGAUUCAUUGAUGUCGCUGAUAUUUCAAGUCCCCCAGUUCUGUCUAGACACCUGGUCCUGCCGAUAGCACUUAACAAAGAAGGCGAUGAGGUGGGCACUGGCAUAACUGAUGACAAUGAAGAUGAAAAUUCCGCCAAUCAGAUUGCAGGCAAAAUACCCAACUUUUGUGUCCUGCUCCACGGCAGCCUGAAAGUGGAAGGAAUGGUGGCAAUUGUUCAAUUAGGCCCUGAGUGGCAGGGGAUGCUGUAUUCCCAAGCCGACAGCAAGAAGAAGUCAAACCUCAUGAUGUCUCUCUUUGAGCCUGGCCCGGAACCUCUCCCCUGGCUGGGGAAAAUGGCGCAGCUGGGUCCCAUUUCAGAUGCUAAAGAAAACCCAUAUGGAGAGGAUGACAGUAAGAGCCCGUUCCCCCUGCAGCCCCAAAACAAACGAAGCUAUGCCCAGAAUGUCACCGUCUGGAUCAAACCCAGUGGCCUGCAGACAGAUGUACAGAAGAUCUUAAGAAAUGCAAGGAAACUACCUGAAAAAACACAAACCUUCUACAAGGAGCUGAACCGUCUGCGCAAGGCCGCCCUGGCCUUCGGCUUCCUGGACCUGCUGAAGGGGGUGGCGGACAUGCUGGAGCGGGAGUGCACGCUGCUGCCCGACACGGCGCACCCCGACGCCGCCUUCCAGCUCACCCACGCGGCCCAGCAGCUCAAGCUGGCCAGCAGCGGCUCCGCCGACCACGUGCGCUACGACCACAACAUCACCCCGCUGCACACGGACUUCUCGGGGAGCAGCGCGGAGAGGAUGUGACGCGCCUGGAGCCAGCCUGCCGCGGGGCACCCGGUGAAGACGACAGGGCGACGGCCUUCCCUGCAGUCACCACCGCGAACCCAGGGUGACUGCGGCUAUCUGAGGAGGGGAGCGAGGCCACGGGCUCUGGCUUUCUGGGACCUCAAGUUCUCACGCCCCAAGUGCUCCUGUGACAGGCCUGAAGGAUCCGGCUGGUAGCACGGAGCCCCACAGCCUGCCCCCAGGCCCCCCCAGCAGUCUUCCCCUCCGCCGCAGGCAUCUGCACGCUCUGCUUCCUGGAACGAGCGGCGCCACCUGGGGCCGGCCCAGCACGGGCCCAGAGCGGCCUGGGGACUCGGGCAGAGACUCGGUGGCGACCCUGAGGUGCUUUCAGUAUGUUGUGCAAGAGAAACUCAGAAACAUCCAUUUAUGUCAUAAAUGAUUCGUGUUUCUCCUUUUUUAAAAAAUAAAAACAAAGUAUUUGA